AUGGCUCCCAAAGGAGGACUCGGGGCCUGGAAGAGGAUCUUCUGGUGGCUGAUCCUGCUUGCAGUCAGCUUCUCCGGGCUGCUCCUGUGCGGGCUCCCUGCACUCAGGUACCUGGAAACCUUCAUCCCCAUGGGCACCUGCCAUUUGGCCAGAGAGCCCCUGCUGAGGGACAACUUCACAGGGCUCCUACACCUGUGGGCCCGACCUGAAGUCCUGACCUGUACCUCCUGGGGGGCCCCCAUUAUCUGGGAUGGCACCUUUGAUCCAGAUGUGGCCCAACAAGAGGCUAUACAGCAGAACCUCACCAUUGGGCUGACGGUCUUCGCUGUCGGCAGGUACCUGGAGAAGUACCUGGCGCGCUUCCUGGAGACGGCCGAGCAGCACUUCAUGGUGGGCCAGCGCGUGGUCUACUACGUGUUCACGGAGCGGCCGGCCGCCGUGCCGCGCCUGCCGCUGGGCCCGGGCCGCCGGCUGCGCGUGGAGCGGGUGUCGCGCCAGCGGCGCUGGCAGGACGUGUCGAUGGAGCGCAUGCGCACGCUGCACGCGGCGCUGGGCGGCCGGCUGGGCCGCGAGGCGCACUUCGUGUUCUGCAUGGACGUGGACCAGUUCUUCAGCGGCGCCUUCGGGCCCGAGACGCUGGCCGACUCGGUGGCGCAGCUGCACGCCUGGCGCUACCGCUGGCCGCGGAGGCUGCUGCCCUACGAGAGCGACCCGCGCUCGGCCGCCGCGCUGGCGCCCGGCGAGGGCGACUUCUACUACCACGCCGCGCUGUUCGGCGGCCGCGUGGGGGCGCUGCGCCGGCUGACGGCGCACUGCGCGCGGGGCCAGCAGCAGGACCGCGCGCGCGGCCUGGAGGCGCGCUGGCACGACGAGAGCCACCUCAACAAGUACUUCUGGCUGCACAAGCCCGCCAAGGUGCUGUCGCCCGAGUUCUGCUGGUGCCCCGACAUCGGCCGGCGCGCCGAGAUCCGCCGCCCGCGCCUGCUCUGGGCGCCCAAGGAGUACACGCUGGUGCGCGACUAG